AGAUAGGGCAACCCCUCUUUUUUCCGGAAUUGAUGGAGGGGGUGUAUGUUGUGAGCCCUGGUAGGCCGGCUGCCCGGAACGAAGUUCCCGAUUGCACCAAGAACGGUGACGGCGAGACUUGUAACGGAGCUGAUGACAAUAUUGAAAUAUAAAAAAAUAUUGAAAGUAUACAAUGGUUUGGGGUAUACAUUUAGGUGAUUAUUUAUAGUGUAAGUCUCGUUAGUUUAUCCCCCUACAGCGUGAGUCUGGCACAAACUCUGGGGUAGAGCCUCAGCCUCCGAAUGUGCAUAAGAAAAGUGGCAACUUCGGAGUCUUCAGGGUUGGCCUUGAUUACGGGAGAAAGAAAGAUAAAACGGUGUAUGAAUUUGGUAUCGAACGAUAAAAAGGGCCCGAUGCUGUGCCUUCUUCCUGGAAAUACCUUGAUAGCAAGUCUUGGAAAGGGUUAUAGUAAAUUUUGCUGUUGUUAUCGUGAAUAUGUUUGCACAUGUUCACACAUGCUUGCAUUUAUGCGAAACUACGGCGGAAUUUGGCAGCCCUUCAGGGGAAAGAGGGCCGGAAGUAAUGCAAACUCAAAGACGACUCUGAGGUGGUAUACCCGACAUAAAUUGUGUUUAGACCUGAAUUUGGAAUCAAAGAGAUAUAUACAAAUGAUAGUGUUCAGGUGAGACCUAGCGGAGUUUGAGCUUGACAUGUAUAUCGUGAGGUCCACCCAUCGUGCCAUAUGCUCUAGCACCCUCCAAAAAGUAACAGAAUUGCCAA